AUGUCUGAGCAUAGAGUGACAGAGGUUGGUGCAAUUAAACUGUCCAAUGGUACAAAAACUCAAUUUCUUUCCCCAAGAUAAAACAGUCUUAUUCUAUUUUCUACAGGUUUUAUGCGGCCUGUUGUGUGCUCGGCCUCGAAUUUUUACAUCAGAACAAGAUUGCUCUACAGGUUUUAAAUUUUUACAUCAGAACAAGAUUGCUCACAGGUAAGUGUACAGGAAAAACUAAAGAUGGACAUACAUAUAUUGUUCCCAGAAAUGUUAUCUGUCUUAUUUACUGUACUGCCAUUAAAAUAUUGUCUGUGGCUUAAUUACAGUAAUUAGUAAUAUUAUUAUGUUAACUUUAUCAUAAAUUAUAUACGUCCUUAAAUCUAACCUUUUAUUUAUUCUAAAUAAGAAAACCAUGUAAUCCAAGUACCCUUUAGUGAUAUGUAAAAAAUAAUAAAAACUCCAAUUCUAUAUUUUAAUCUAGAGAUCUUAAAUUGCGGAAUAUCGUUGUAGACAAGGACGGAUACGCCAAAAUUACCGACUUUGGUCUUAGCAAACAAGGUAAAAAUAAUGUUAUAUUUAGCUAAAGUAAUUUAUCACAAAGUUACAGAAUGUAACAUUAGCCACAUACAAAUAACAUCCAACUGCAGACCAAAAUAAAAGUAUACAUGAAACACAAAGGAAUGAAAUCAAAUAUUGGUGUAAAAUGAAAUAAGGGGCCAUUGUACAAAUUCAUAUCCAGUGGGAGGCAAGGUUGGAACACUAGUCAGAGUAGAUGCUGGAACAUAAUACAGAUUCGUAAAAACCAUGGAAAAAUUUUACGAAAUUUCACAGAGAAUCUGCAGAUACAACACACUGACUCCUUGCAGCAAUUUUCUAAUAUCAAUUGGAAAAAAAUUACAUGAAAUUAUUAAAAAUAAUAUACUGUAACAUACUGUAUAGCAGCAAAAUAAACCUACAUCUAUCUGUGUCUUUACCGAUGUACAUUUAUACUCUCUCUAUUUACGAGGGAUGGGAUUCAUCGAUAGAACCAACUCUUUCUGUGGCACACUGGAAUACAUGGCGCCGGAAAUAUUUGAGAGAAAACCAUAUACAAGAUCUGUUGAUUGGUGGAGUCUGGGCGUAGUAAUUUAUGUCAUGCUGUGUGGAAGGGUAGGUAUAGCAUAUUUUUACCAAUUUGUAGGAUUCCUUCUUAGGAAACCAAAAAUCCUUGUGUGAUGUCAUCCAGUCUAUUGAUGAAACUGAUAGUAUUUCAAACUAUAGACUGGUCAAGGUUAAAGGGACAAGCUGAGCACCAUAACCACUUCAGCUCAUUAUAGUGCUUAUCUAAAUAUCAUAACCCAAUACCUCCCUCUCCACUUUAUCUAAACUGAUUUUAUCUCUUUAAUACUUUCUCAAUUUCUUUAUAUUUCAUUUAUUGUUUCUGCUUUGGAAAACCAUUUACAUUAGAGAAAUUACCCACUGUAGAUUCAAGGCCAACCCUGCACAGUGGGCACAGUUUGAGAAGACCGUGUGCCCUCUCUGUGUGGGCCGUUUACACAGAGCAGAUUAUGGGCUCUCAGGAGUGUGAGUGCUAUAAACAAUAUUGUCAUCUUGCCACAGUGUUUUAUGGUUUACAUCAAUAAGUUGUUUUUUCAUGACUCUCAUUGCAGUAUAUAUCAUUGAGUGUUUAUUUUAUGUGUGUGACAAUUUCUAGCAGGAUAAUAAAUAUUUUGUCACAAAAAACGAACUUCUGCAUCUUACAAUAUGCAUCUAAAAUGUUUUUUUUUCUAUUAGUUUCCCUUUAAAGGUAAAGACCGAGAGAGAGAGAUAUCAUAUAAGGUAGUUAACACUGAACCUGACUAUCCGGAGUUCCUGUCUGUAGAAGCGUUUUCAAUAAUAAAAAGUGUAAGUUGCCAACGCAUGUUUAGUGAUUUCUGAUUUUGACAUAUUGAGUAAGCGGAGGUCAGAAUUUGCAAUCACUGUUGAUGAGUGGAUUGCUGACGAGCUGCCUUGGGAUGAAGGAAGUCUGAGAGCUGUUAGAUUAGUAGUUACAUCUGGUAAGCGAUAAGCAGACGGUGGGUUUUAUAGCUCUUGGAAGCUCCAGGAUUAAAGAUCCUGCAUGUAGCUCUAUUUCUAAACAGUACCGCUCGUAUGGCUUUAAUGAUGUAUGACAUCACAGCUCAGCGUCUUACAUCAUACAACCCAUCACCUUGUUUGAACUCUGACAGUUGUUAGAAAGUGACAUAUAAGGUAUACGGAAAGGGUCAAGGCAUUGGGGGAGGUUUGGAAGGAUUUUACAAAAAGUGAAUUAUAUUGUUUCCUUUUUUUAUAUGAAGAAUUUUACUCUUAUCAAUUAUGCACAUUGCUCCAUAGAACAGACACGUUUCAUUCUGUGGGUCGAUCGAUGCGUGCCCCCGCCUGUUCCGCUCUGUUGUAGCUGCUAACACUGUGUGUGAAUGUGGGCUCGGACAGCUUGAGUGGUAAAGCUCUGAAAACAAAGCUGGUCCUCUGUAAAAACUGUGUGAUUGGCUGUAACAAAAUAGGACAAGCAGUUACAAAUACAUUGGUCUAGUUAGAGAUUAAAAGAAGUUAAACUUAUAUUUGGGGAAUUAAAUAAAUACAAGCAGUAAGCAUGACUUGUCCCAUCGAUCAGGGCAGAGCAAUGUCUGGGCACCAAACACGAUGCCAUUGUGACAUGGUGCCUACUGUGUAUUGAGCUCUGUAGUAAAGUAUUCAGCCUGAGCUGAUAAAGGUAGAUUUUACAGGACCUGCAAGAAAAUGCCUUUAAUUCUCAGUUUUUCAGAUUAAAUAACAUUUUCCUUUCUCCUCCCCCCUUAUGCAGCUUAUGAAUAAAAAUUCCAGAUCCCGUCUAGGAGCCAGGAUUGGUGCCAGUGCUGUCAAGAAACAUCCUUUUUUCAAAGUAUGUCCAUGUUGUAUAAAUUCCAUCUAUGGAUGUGUAGAUAUAAUGUCCAUUGUUCUAUAUUAUUAGUUUACUGGUUUAUAUCGUGGCACACCUGAUUUAUUUUUCUAAUUUUUCUUCAAUCUUUUUUUAUUUUUUAACAGGGAGUCGACUGGAGUGCGUUACUUUUUAAGAAUAUUAUAAAUUCGUUUGUACCAUCAAUUGCCGGACCAAAGGACGUCAGUCAUUUCGACAAAGCUUUUACAACACUGGACCCCAUUCUAACACCACCGGAAGAAUCACCGUUAGAAGACCAAGACCUGUUCCAAGAUUUCGACUGGGUGGCCGACUGGAUUUGA